AUGGGGGCUGGGGUCUAUAUAAGCAGAGCAACAAAACACUGCUUACAUCAACAUUUGCCAAGAAUGGAGAAGACUGAAAUGAACAUUUCAUCACUAGUCUAUGAAACGGAUGCAGAAAUUCAGAGAAUAUAUGAUGAUUUUAGUGUGCCUUUUUCUGAGUGUGUAACAUUUGAUACAGAAUUGCUGGAAAUUGUAGAUGCUGUUGAACAAAUGGAUUUUACAAAAAUCAACAAUGCAGAUGUUAAUGAAAUAUUUCCUGACCGUACUAAUUUGACAAGUCCCUGUGUAAGCAGAUUGGAGAUGCAGACACCAAAGAGACCUUGUAAAACAGAUUUAAAACGACAGCUGAAUUUUAACAGAAUUGAUGGCCCUACUGAUUGUGGGAGUGAUAAAAUACAACAGGCACCAAAAAGUGAUGUAACAUUGAAACCUAAAACAACAGUCGUUACGGCAAUAGUUCACAAGCAACCAGUAAAUAAGGUUCCCAAUGAAUGUGUAAAACAAGCACUAAAAGCCUCUACUACUGUCUCAUCACGCUCCAGAAGUAAACAAACACACCCCAUUUCAUCUGUGGCUUCUAGAAAAUCUAUAGCUGUAGAAGACAUCAUAACCACCAUUGAUGAUGAUGAAAAGUCUCCAACAGCAGUACCCACACAUUGUAGAGCCAAGGGUUUUUCUAACAAUCCAAAAAAAUCUUUGAAUUCUCUACAAUUACCAGGUUUGGGACAGAAAACACAACACACAAACACAACUAAGAAAUCAUGUGUUAAAAGAAAACCUAGUGGUGAGAAUAAUGCUCAAAAUAUAAAAAAAAGAACUAUAGUAAAAAAUUCUGGUAAUAUCUUAAAACCUGUUGUUCCACUGCAGGAUAUCACAAACACAGUAAAAAAGAACACAUGUUUAAGCGUAGGGGCUCCACGGAUAUGUAGUUCAAGGUGUGAGAGCUUAGAAGCAGUUAUCAUUCAAAAAGACAUUACCAUUAACAAUCUUCUAGAGACUAUCAACAGUAUUCUAAAGACCAGUAAUCUAUAUUUUCAACAGACACCCAUGACAAAUUGA